AGCGUGCAGGCCUCUUUUCGCGCUAGAAGGGAGAGCAUGACAGGAGUGUAGUCAAUCAGUGAGUGCCAGCGACAGCGACUUUCCGGUCAGUCGUCGUUCAAGACGGUCGGUUGUUGAGGAUGGAGAAGUACCAGAAGCUGGAGAAAAUAGGCGAGGGGACGUAUGGCGUGGUGUACAAGGCGCAGGACUCGUCGGGCGAGAUAUUUGCGUUGAAGAAGAUUCGCCUCGAGGCCGAGGACGAGGGCAUCCCGUCGACGGCCAUACGGGAGAUUUCCCUACUCAAGGAGCUGCAGCACCCAAACAUCGUUCGGUGAGUGAUGGGAUGGACACACAGCACACACACAUAAAUGGACACAUGGCCACGGGAAGGAGAAGGUGAGGUGGUUUGUGUGUGUCGUGGUUGUGGGAUGGGAUGGGAUGACGUGUCGCGUCUGUCUGUGUUCAUUCAGUUUGUGUGAUGUGAUUCACACGGAGCGCAAGCUGACGCUGGUGUUUGAGUACUUGGACCAGGACCUCAAGAAGCUGCUCGACAUGUGCGACGGCGGGCUGGACCCCGCUACCACCAAGGUACUUCACGUCGACACAUCACAACCACCCGACACGUGUGUGUGCGGUGUGUGUGUGUGUGUGUGUGUGUCAGUCGUUCCUGUACCAGCUGCUGCGGGGGGUGGCCUACUGCCAUCAGCACCGCGUCCUGCACAGAGACCUCAAGCCACAAAACCUGCUCAUCAACAGAGUCAGUCGGUCAACACACACACUCGUGGGUUGCCAUGACAGGUGGAAGGCAUGGGUGUCAUCUCUGUCUCUGUGUGUGUGUGUGUGGGUGUUGUGAAAUUCAGGAGGGUGCGUUGAAGUUGGCAGAUUUCGGCCUGGCCCGCGCGUUUGGCAUUCCGGUGCGGAGCUACACCCACGAGGUGGUGACGCUCUGGUACCGAGCGCCCGACGUCCUGAUGGGCUCGCGCAAGUACUCCACGCCAGUCGACAUCUGGUCCAUCGGAUGCAUCUUCGCAGGUCGGUAGACAUGUGUGUGUCUGUGCGGGUGCGGCAUGUGUCUUGUGUGUCGUUUUGUGUGUCGUCUUGUGUGUUGUGCUGCAGAGAUGGUCAACGGGCGGCCGCUGUUUCCCGGCACGAGCGACCAGGACCAGUUGAUGAAGAUCUUCAAGGUGCUGGGCACGCCAAACGAGUCGGUGUGGCCGGGCAUCAACGACCUGCCCGAGUGGAAGGUACGUGUGUGGGCGAACAGAGUGCGCACACACGCGCGAAAAGGGUCGUUGUAUUGUCGCCGGCCGUGUGUGUGUGGUCAGCCUGAUUUCCCGCGCUACGACCCGUUGCAGUGGAGUCAGAUCGUGCAGAACCUCGAGCCAGCCGGCAUGGACCUGCUCUCGGUGAACGAGGCGGCACACACGGGAGGCUGGGAGAGGGCAAAGAUGCGGUCGGCCUGCUGGAUGUGUCUGUCGUGUCGUCGUGUGUGCCUGUCUGUCUUUGCAGCGGAUGUUGCGCUACGACCCGAACGCACGCAUCGCGGCAAGACAAGCCAUGGAACACGAGUACUUCAGGUAUGCACACACACACACACACACACAUUCAGACACACAGAGAUCAUGCGUGUGCUGUGUGUGUCGCGCCGUGUGUGGUGGUGUGUUGUGUGUGCGACGCAGAGACCUGAGCGACCACAUCAAGAACAUGAAGUGACCGAUCGAUCGAUCGGUCGGCUGCAGCUGUGUUGUGUUGCGUUGCGUUGCGUUGCGUUGUAUGUAUCCGGGUUAUUGUGAUGGAUGGAUGGGUACGUGGUGG